AUGCGCGCGCAGUACUGGGUGAGAGCACCACCUCUUGGUUGUCUGGCGAAGCAAGAAAACACAGAGCAAACUGAGACUAAUUCGGAGGCUUACCGAGAGGGUGUGCAGACCUCCAUCUCCAUCUCCACCGAAACACCAACACCACUCCACUUCCACAAUCCUGUCGCAAGCUGGUGUAGGGUAGCAGCACGUCUCAACACGAUCCUACGUUGCAUAUCUGAUCGGGAAGCUGCCAAGGAUGCGUCCCAGGCGACUGAUGUUCGCGUUUGGCACCGUCAGCGCCCAUCGCAGCUAAACGGCAACGCCGACGUCCUGGCACAUGGCCACUUGUUGGUGAACAGCCCUCUUAAGGCACUCGCUACUGCGAUAACGAGUGGCUAA